AUGCGUUUUCUGACUCCGCUNCUUUUCCUGUGCGGCAGCACUUCUGUCCUCGCACAACAGUAUGCAGGAGACGUGAUCAGCGCAUAUCUUCCUACUAUCAACAAUGCAGAGGUCGCCUUUUUCAAGGUUGACGAUCCCAGCGGCAAGAAUGAUGCGCUCACUCUGAUCAACUACUACUCUCACGGUACCGAUGGAAAUCGUAUCGUGGAAAGCAAGAUCCAGAGAGCUGUGAUCGUCCUUCACGGUCUUUUGAGAGAUCCCUGGAACUAUGAGAACGACGUAUGUCUUUUGGUUCCUAGACGAUUGUCACAGACUGACAAAAUUGAUAGNAUGCUCAAUGCUCUCGCGAUGGUUCAAGACCCCAACAUCAACCGUGAUAGUGUCGCUGUCAUGGCUCCUUACUUCCCCAAUGGCAACGACAAGGGAUUUGGCUACCCUUGGACUGACGGCAAGAAGGCAGGACGCGGAUCCACAUCGAAUGCAUUAGUCUGGUCUGGUUCUCAAUGGUCUGCUGGCGCCAACAAUCAAUACCCUCACAACAGCCGAAACACAUCGAGUUACUACAUUCUCGAUGAGCUGAUUCAUUACUUUGACAACAAGACGCUCUUCCCCAACAUGAAGCAGAUCGUUCUUGCUGGACACUCGUUGGGUGGUCAGAUGCUGCAGCGCUACGCUGCGAUCGGUGACCAGCUUGAGACCGAGUCGCCUGUUGUCUUGUGGAUUGCCAAUGGAGAUUCAUGGGCCUGGCUUAGCGAUUACCGUCCUCUUAACGUCCCGAACUGCCCCGAGUACAACGACUACCGUGAAGGUUUCGCCAACUUCGUUGAAUACGGCAUGACCUAUGGUGCCAAUCUGGUCGCUCAGGGUCUUGAUGCCAUCAAGGCGAACUUCGACAGCAAGCAGAUUGCCUGGGCUCGUGCUCUCAGAGACUUUGGUAACCAUGCUUCGAGCUGCGCACCCGAGACGACUGGCCAGGACAGAAACGAACGUUUCUUCUACUUUAUGAAAUGGUUCCAACCUAGCUGCCCUGACCCAUCCGGCAAGAACUGCGAUACCGUCGAUCUUGUCGAUGCUUCUCACGACAACGGCCAGAUGUUCCACUCUGCAGCAGGUCUUGCCCGCCUCUUCCAAGACAACUUCUACGGUGACAAGAGCCGUGCCUACGACUUUGGUUACCCUCGCAAGCAGCAAGGUGACGAUCCUUUCCCUGAUCCUAGCCUUGUCAACACUCCUGGAGUCACCAACUACAACACCUAUGCCGGCGGUUUGACUUACCAAGGCUGCUGGACCAACCAAGCCCCAACAACACCAGAGGCACUGUCCACUCUUCUGUACGAUAACGCAAACAACACGAUCGAAGGGUGCACAUCUAGCUGUGUAAACUCGGGUUUCAAGGUCGCUGGCAUGUCUGAUGCGACCAAGUGUUGGUGCGGCAAUGAGAUGAGCUCUGCAUCUGCCACUCUCACUGUCGACAUGCAGUGCAAGAAUCCAUGCCCAGGAAACACUGCUGAAAUCUGUGGUGGCAUCAACCGCCUUUCCAUUUUCUCUGCUGGAUAUCCCACCUUUUAUUAA